UGCGCUGUGUCCCUCAGACACAACGGAUUACAGAUCCAUGGAAAGAGCCGAAGAUGUCGGCUCGGUCAUGUGAUCAGCUGUGUCCAAUCACAGCUGAUCACAUCAGCGCCACCUGUCAGUGUCCAUCAGUGCCAGCUCUCAGUGCUCAUCCAUGCCACCUGCCAGUGCCCAUCAGUGCCACAUUUGUGCCACAUUUCAGUGUCCAUCAGUGCCACAUAUCAGUGCCCAUCUGAGCUGCCUUUCAUUGUCACCCAUCAGUGCCAGUCAGUGCCACCUAUCAGUGCUGCCAAUCAGUGCCAGUCAGUGCCGCAUACCAGUGUGGAUCAGUGCCACCUAUCAGUGCCCGUCAGUGCUGCCUAUCAGUGCCAGUCAGUGCCACCUAUCAGUGCCAGUCAGUGCCGUCUAUCAGUGCCACCUAUCAGUGCCGCCUAUCAGUGCUGCCUAUCAGUG